UGUCCGCGCAUCUGUGUGAAUCAGAAUCCUCUCCAGAAAACGAUGGCCAGCGAUUCCGACAGCGACUACGAGGUGGAGUCCUUCUUCAAGCCCAAGCGGGUGCGACGGACGGUCAACGACGACAGCGCCGAUCUGCUGGGCAACUUCGACGACCAGAAACGCAAGGAGAUCUUCGAGGGCACCUACGUGGACAAGGAGGACGGCCGGAAUCCCAGCGAUCCAGAAAGUGAGGAUGAUAGGGACAAGUCCGAUGGCGAGGCAGAGGGCAGCGCUGCCUCCGGAUCCGAGGAAGAGGAGACGGAAACUGCGGAAAAUGGCGAAAUUACCAGUGACCAGCUGAGUUCCCUGCUCCGCGGCGCCUCCAAGACCAACAGACACGUUCUGUACGUGACCAACCUGAACUUCGAGUCCACCAAGGACGACCUGGAGCUGCACUUCUCCGCCGCCGGCACCGUGAAGUCCAUCCGCAUCCCCAAGAAGCGACGCGGUGGCUUCGCCUUCGUGGAGAUGGCCGAUUUGCCCGGUUUCCAGAAGGCCUUCCAGCUGCACAACACGGAGCUGCAGGGCCGCAACAUCAAGGUGCAGAUCUCCGAGGCGGGCAAGAAGAAGUCCGCGAACAAGAAGAACAUCAUCAAGCAGAAGAACCGGAAGCUGGCCGAGAUGCGCAACGAGCAGAAGACCUUCACCAAGAGCGGCAAGUUCUACGACAAGGACCUCAAGAAGGAGAAGGCCAAGGAGAUGCUGGCGCGGAAGAGGUGGCGCAAGAAGCCCGCGCCCAGAGCCACAUAAAUCUUAGCCUAAGAUCUUGUAUGUAAGCCAACCUAUGAUUAUUUAACGAAAAAUACAAGUUACAAUUAUCGCUACUGCCAGCGGACGAUGUA